GUAUUAGAAAAACUCAACAGUUGAAGUUGUUGGGGGUCAUCACCAAGAGCUCUUCCAAAAGAGCACCAAGUUUUGAGUUUUCUAUUCUCUGCAAUUUUCCAGAAGAAAGAAUUCUCAAAACCCAAUUUAAAGAUACAAAUUCUAAGUGAAAAAACAUUUUGUUUUGGAAUAAAUGGUUGCUGUUUUAUCUGUGGUUUGGUGUUGGGUUUGAAGGAAAGUUGGGAUCUUUGGAUCUGAAAGAUUUUGGUCAUUUUGACUUUGUUGACUUGAGAUAAGAAAUGGGUUUUGCUUUGAAUUAGAUUUUGAUUAGUUUUAGAGGGAGAAAGAGGAGGAAGAGUUUCAAGAAAAAAAUGGGUUGGAAGAGUAAAGGAUUGGAGUCAAAUACAAAGUCUUUUGUGACUAAGAAGUGGACUCUUUUGCUUUGCAUUGGCUGUUUUUGUGCUGGGAUGCUCUUCUCCGAUAGAAUGUGGACAGUGCCUGAAGCUGAAGAUAAGGUUGUAUCACUAGAAACUGGAAUUAAAGAUGAAAGGUUAAAACUAGUUACAGAGGGUUGUGAUCCGAUUCAAAAGGAUGUGAAGCGUGGAUCGAAGAAUAUAGUCGGGGAAGUUUCAAAGACUCCUAAUGCUAUACAAACACUGGAUAAAACGAUAUCGAAUUUGGAGAUGGAGUUAGCUACUGCAAGGGCCAUGCAGGAAUCCAUAAUUAAUGGCUCUCCCAUUUCGGAUGACCUGAAAAUCCCUGAAUCGAGUGGGAAACGGAAAUAUUUAAUGGUCGUUGGUAUUAAUACUGCUUUUAGCAGCAGAAAACGAAGAGAUUCAGUUCGUGCUACUUGGAUGCCUCAAGGAGAAGAACGAAAGAAGCUCGAAGAAGAGAAGGGAGUUGUAAUGCGAUUUGUAAUUGGUCACAGUGCUACCUCAGGGGGUAUCCUUGAUAGGGCUAUUGAAGCUGAAGAUCGGAAGCAUGGUGACAUUCUGAGGCUGGAGCAUGUUGAGGGUUACCUCGAAUUAUCAGCAAAGACAAAGACAUACUUUGCCACUGCCGCUGCUUUGUGGGACGCUGAUUUCUAUGUAAAAGUUGAUGAUGAUGUGCAUGUAAAUAUAGCGACACUUGGAGCAACUUUGGCUAGACAUCGGUCCAAGCCAAGGGUUUACAUUGGUUGCAUGAAAUCUGGUCCGGUUCUUGCUCAAAAGGGAGUAAGAUACCAUGAACCUGAAUAUUGGAAAUUCGGUGAGGAGGGAAACAAGUAUUUCCGUCAUGCUACGGGGCAGCUAUAUGCCAUCUCUAAAGAUUUGGCAUCUUACAUAUCCAUUAACCAGCAUGUGCUGCAUAAGUAUGCCAACGAAGACGUUUCACUGGGAUCAUGGUUUAUCGGGUUGGAUGUCGAUCAUAUAGAUGACCGCAGACUCUGCUGUGGUACCACAGAUUGCGAAUGGAAGGCUCAAGCGGGCAACAUCUGUGUUGCUUCAUUUGACUGGACCUGCAGCGGUAUUUGCAGGUCAGUCGACAGGAUGAAGGAUGUUCACCGGCGGUGCGGAGAAGGGAAGAAUGCUUUACGGACUGCAACUUUCUAAUGAAGCUCAGUUCCUCCAACCUCAGGAGGGAAGCAAGUGAAACGAAACGAGCUUGGUUUUUGGGCAUUGAGAGUUGAGAAGAAAAAAAAAAAAGGGGACUGUAAUAACUGUAGAAACAUGAAUGGGUUGAGGGGAAAAGAAGAGGUUGAAGCUGCUGAAUGUCUGCUCCAUUUUAUAUAGGGAGAAAGACACUGCAAACAGCAGUUAUAUAUAGAGAGAGGAAGAGAGGAGAAGAGCUUGUAAUUAACCAUUCUUUUGUUUGCUUUUCUUGGUGUGAGUGGCAAACUCCAUAAUAAGUAAGCCAUUGCUCCCUUUUGAGUUC